AUGAGUUCCAAACAACCCAGGGGCGCCUCCAGACGGUGCCUCCCAGAAGGCCCUUCUCAGGGCCAACCCCAAGGCCCUUCUCAGGGCCAACCCAAAGGUCUUUCUCAGGGCCAUUCAGAGUCUGAAGCUAGCCGCGCACCUUCGUCGGCAAGCCUUCAUUGUGUGGAUCAAGGGACGAACUACUCGGACACCGAGUCCAUCAUGAGCGUGUCGGACUGUGGUUCGAUUCGCCCUGAGUCCAGGAAGCGAUUCCUGCGACAGAAGUCCGGGGGAUCUCCCGACACUAUCAGGAAACCCGCAAAACGGGCCAUAGUAGAGGCGGAUCUGGAGGAAAUGGUUGCCUCUAAGGAGAAGCUCGCGCGGACGACCAGAGCCAAGGCCGGCUACGGCGCAGCUACCGUCCGCUGUGCGGACCACUCCGUAGAGGAGAUGGAGCGCAUGGCUCUCGAGGACCAGGGGGAGAUUCUUGAGGUCGCCUCCAAGUCCUCAAAUCUAAAGGGGACCUUCCAGAAGGCUCUUAAAUGUCUGGCAGCCAGCCUAAUCGGCAUCGUUAAGGAACUUUCGCAGCGCACUACGUCCAACGAGACGCGGUUACUCGUCGCAAAUAGGGCGGGCCGACUGCGGCGGUACAGCGUCGAGUCCGGCAUCUCACAGGGUUCUGUUCUAGGACCGCUUCUAUGGAACAUCGGAUUCGAUUGGCUCCUGCGAGGAAACCUCCCCCGAAGUACGUCUGACCACGUCAAGCACCCUCCUGAUUGCUCGGGGGAGAAAAUUCGAGUCGGCGGCCAGCCUGGCCUCGGCGGGAGGAUCCUUGGUCGCUGA